AGCAAAUGCGGGUACCGGUACGUGCGGUGCUCUGUCUUUGUCGACUUCGAUGUCUGUGUGUCUGCCUACAGCUUCGCGUGCACAUGUCGGAUCGAUCAGUGACGCCCAGUGUAGGGCAGAUGGUAUGCCAGUUCGCCUCGUGUUCCUCCGGAGCACCGAGUGUCCGUGUGCACCUGAAAGCAAAGGAGUCGCAGCAAUUGCAAGUAUGCACUUGUCUGGCAGACGAGUGCGUGCAAUCAGAAUUGACCGUCGAGUAAGUCUUUUUUUGUCCCAGCACGGGGCUGAAGGUUUGAUGCCAGGAACAAGCUAUGUUAUGCUAGAC